GCAAAUUGCAACCCCAAACCGAACCAAGCGAAACUCCUUCGUACUUUCCUCCCCCUUCUCAUUUCUUACACCCACACACUCUCUCUCUCUAUAUAUAACUCACUCACUCACGCACAAACACAUAGACGUCUACUUCAUUUUCUUCUUCUUCUUCUUCUUCUUCUUCUUGUGGUGGUUGUUCCAGUUCCUACUUCAAUCGCAAAACCAAUGGACCGCGACACUUUGGGUUUUCCCUUCGGUACUGCUUCUAGAAGCUACCCAUCCAGACACAAAUCCCGUUAUGCUGAGGUGUUCGAGGAUUUUGAAGAGAUGAAAGGGGAAGAUGAGUUGAGGACGGUAUAUCCAUGCCCCUUUUGUGUAGAUGACUUUGAUCUUCUCGAGCUUUGUUGCCAUAUUGAUUUGGAACAUUCUCUUGAACCCAAAUCUGGGAUUUGUCCUGUUUGUGCGGUGUGGGUGGGGACAAACAUGGUGGAUCACAUAACAGCACAACAUGGAAGCAUAAUUAAGGCUCAGCUUAAAUCAAGGCGCUAUAAAGACUCAUACCCAAGUCUCUCAUUUCUGAGGUGCUCUAAGGAUAUAGAUGAUGGACAGUGGCAUUCUUUCUCGGAUGGGUUAUCCCCUACAAUAUCUACCUCUAGCUCCAAGGCAGCAUGUGAUCCAUUUCUGUCAUUUUUAUACGGUGGAGCUGCUGCUGCCUCCGCCGAAACCGAAAAUGUGGGGCCUGAUUCUUCAAGUGAAGUAAGCACCGAAGAAACACACUCAAGCGAUACAGUGAUAGAAAGAGAUGUUGUUCAGCCAUCUUUAUCUGACAAAGACCAAACAGAGAAAGCACGGCGUAGUGGAUUUGUACAAGAACUUUUGAUGUCUACUAUCCUUGAUCCAGACUUCUGAUUGAGACUAGUGGCAACAUAUGUUAUAUUUAGUUUGAUGAAAAGAAAAAUAAAAUAAAAAAAAAGAAUUAGUUUCAAUCUUGAACAUGAUUUUAAUUAUGGAAUCAAUGUUUCUGUUUGUUAGUCUUGUUACGUAUACAUCGUAUAGAGAGCUGAGGUAGAGAUGUAGGAAUUAAAUGUAACGUAUUUUCAAGGCAAUGUAAUUAGUAGUUUAUAACAUUUGCACAGCUCCUUCUAGUUACUUGCUUAGUACCCUUGCUAUGGGCUGGAACCUAUUAUUAUUUUCAGAAUCGCAUGUAUAAAAAUAUAUAAUGAACUAAUCAUCUAAAACAUAGUUUAUUAAGGUAA